ACCGUAGGACUCGCGCGUAAGAGUGAAAUAGAAAUAUUUUGUCAGUGUCUAGGUGUUACGCACGCAGUCAUCGAGCUUUUGUUAUCAUUCGAAGUUGCGUUGAGCUGGCGUUUCGGAGUGUUAACCUAAAAACUUAUACUUACCUACAUAUUACUAUUUAAUGCAAUUAGUGUGCAUUUGACUUAAAGUUUUGCGAAAGUUAAUUUAAUCUGAAAGCUAAUAUAUGAAACCAUGGAAUUACACGCUUCAAUACCUUCAUCAAGUAACACAAAUGAACUACAAACUUAUGUUCCCGCGUAUUGUUCGGACAGUGAACCGGAGCUGCAAGAGGAGGAACCAACUACAAAGAAAAGAAGACAAGCUGGACUAGACUGGAUUUUCGACAAAAAGUUUCAAAGUGUUGACGAAGCAAAGCAGUUUCUUCGUGCGGAAAAAACUUGGUCUGUUAAAUUUACUCACACGAAGGAAGAAGGUAUUAAACAGUAUUACCGUUGCAAUAAAGUGAAGCUCCGCGGUACUCAGUGUGCAGCACAGAUUUACUUGCUUUUUGAGUCAAACUCCGAUGCUGUCUUUAUGUACCGCACUGGUUGCGAUCAUGAUCAUGAAAAUAUUGGAAACAAAAGUGAUUAUGGCAUAUCCCAAGAGACAAAAGACGAAAUUAAUAAGUUAUACGCUUUACAUGUAAAGCCACAAUCUAUUUUAAAACGCCUGAGUGAAAUUGAAAAUAUGAAAGUUCCCUCAAAAAGACAAUUAAAUAAUUACCUUUCUGACCACCGCCGAGCUAUUUAUGGCCCUUCUACUAUUAGUCUAGGAGAACUAGAACAAUGGCUAAUAAAUAAAUCCCAAAUACCUGAGGAUGAUAACGAACCGUAUGUGGUUUCAUUUCAUACCACGUAUACGAGGGCGAAAAUGCGAGUUUUCGUUUUGCGAUCGCAACAAAGUCUUUGUUAAAAUUAGGUACUCUUGCCACCAACUUGCAUGCAGAUGCCACGUACAAACUAAUUUGGCAAGGAUUUCCUGUAUUAAUAGUUGGCACAACUGAUAAGGGAAAGCGAUUCCAUCCUCUUUGUAUGGCGGUUACCACUACGGAGCGAAAAGAAGAUUUUGUUAUGCUUUUUGAUGCAAUCAAUAAAGCCGUAUUUUCCCUCUACGAAAUAAAUAUCAAACCUAAAGCACUUAUUUGCGACGCAGCGAAAAGCAUUCAAAAUGCGUUUCUAGAAGUUUUUGGAGUGGAAGAGCCUACUAUUAAAAUGUGCUGGGAACAUGCAAAAACCAAUAUGCAAAAAUAUGUAGAGAAAUUAGUUGACAAAAAAAAAACAGAAAGACAUGCUGAAUGACAUUGACUUGCUCCACUCGGCAACUUGCUCUACUGUGUUCCACAGAGCAUUAACUGCGUUUAUAAGCAAACACGCAGAAAACGUCAACUUUAUAAAAUAUUUCAAACAAGAAUGGAUUGACUUGAAUCCAAAUUGGUUUUUAGGCUCAGGGGAAGGAUCGCCAUCAACCAACAAUGGGCUUGAGUCGUUUAAUAGAUGUAUUAAAGAUACGCAUACCUUGAGAGAAAGGCUUCCUCUGUCACGUUUUCUGACCAUCGCAACCAAUAUGGUUAAAGAAUGGUCGCAAGACCAUAAAACGGAAACGUUCCUCACGGUUCCUCCGUUAGCGCUACAAGAUUGGACGUUCGCAUAUCAAUGGGCAAAAAGCGAGAGGACCGUGAAAAUCAUAGAAUCGGACUCCAGCUCGCGCCUAAAUAGAUAUAUAGUGGCCAGUUCCACCGCGAAAAACAGUCACUUUGACUUGAAUCAAGAAUGUGAAAAUUGGGAAACAUUUGACGGGUCUCUAUUGGUUCCCAUAA